CUUGGCAUCCUAUUUCUUUCAUAUGCGACUACAACAUAACAUAGAACCAAUUAUCCUUUUGUAGUUCACUGUCUACAAAAAGAUCAGUUGUUUUUUUGCAACUCAUAUACAACAAAGAUCUAUCAGUUUGUUCUUGCUCAUCCACUAUCUCCUGACAAGAUCAUGAAUUAAAUUACUAAUAUUCCUGAUAGCUGCAUCUCAAUAUUAGGGUUCCAAUCUGGCAAAUCAAUGAUGCAAAAAAGUUAUAAGAUGAUCAACAACACUUAUGAUCAAGAAAGAGAUAUGAUCAACCUGCAAAAGUUAUCAAACCCUAAUCGAACCUCGAAACAAUAUUCAGGCUCAAAGAGUUCAAGAAUCAUGAGGGUAUUUCGAGGUUAUGGAGAGAAAGACAGGCAUACCAAAGUAUGGACUACAAAAGGAUUAAAAGACCGAAGAAUUCGGCUUUCAGAACCCGCAGCUCUUAUAUUAUAUCAUCUUCAAGAUCGUCUCGGGCUAAGCCAACCGAGCAAGGUCACAGAUUGGUUGCUUGAUGUUACUAAAGAUGAUGUUGAUAAGCUUCCAGUUCCACCCCUACAAAUGGCACUAGAAGACUUCAAUCCAUUUCAUUUUCCAUCAACAUUUGUUCAUCAAGAUUUCAAUUCUACACCACUUGCUAAUGAACUCGAGCCAUCUUCAAAUAUAUCAUUAUCAAGAUUUAGUCACCAUCUAGAUCAUACUUAUGAUUAUGAACCCCAGAUUCUUUCGAGUUUUUCGGGCACUGGGACACCUUCAUUGUGCCCUCAAUACAUCAUGCAUGAUCAUUCCCACUUGUUGAGCUCGAGUUCUUUGCAUGUGGUGGUACCUCACAACCUUAUUGACACUCAAGAGAAGGUACUGUUGGGGUUGAAUACGAAUUCUAAGAUCAAUGACGAUGGCUGACCGUAAAAGAAUGCAAAAAGUGAAUGUCUAGGGACUAGGGACAUGUAGUACUUCAGUUCAU